AUGGAUCUCUCACACAUGACGGAACCAACUAGUCAAACGAGACCAAGAACAGAUGUUGAGAAUGAUUACAUUGAUGCUGAGCAAUGUUCCUACGAAGAAAUUUUAUCUAUCGUAUCGAACAGAGAUGAUUUAUCCAUAUUAUGCUUAACGUUUCGUACAUGGUUGAUUGGUCUAUUUUUAACUGUUAUUUUCUCGAUUGUAAAUCAAUAUUGUUACUUCCGAACAAACACAUUUUCAAUUCCACCGAUGCUUGUGAUUGUUCUAUCGUAUCCAAUUGGGAGGUUAAUGCAUAAGAUACUACCAGCAAAAACCUGGUACAUUCCAUUAAUCAAUCGUGAUUUUUCAUUAAAUCCAGGUCCAUUCUCUAUCAAAGAACAUGUUUUAAUUUAUGUAAUGGUCAGUGCAGCACAAACAACAUAUGCAAUUGAUACUGUUACAGUUAUGAGAACAGUUUAUAGCAUAAAACUAAAUUUUAUUGUCAAUGUUCUCUUCAUUUUAUCAUCUCAACUAAUUGGCUACAGUAUUGCCGGUAAACUAUCCUUUUAA